AGGCAACAUGGUGGGCAUGGAGGGGAUGGGCCGAAAGGUCUGCCGUGGGAGGAAGCGAGCUGCGCAUGCUCACCUCUCCAAACAUGGCCGCCCCCGUGGACCAGGAGCUGAAGAAGGCUUUUGCUGAUUUACAGACCAAAGUGCUUUAUACACAACAGAAGGUGAAACUUGCAGAUUUGCAGAUUGAACAAUUAAAUAGAACCAUAAAACACGCAAAUUUAACAGAUGGAGAAAUAGCUGCACUGCCAGGAGAAGCACGCAUGUAUGAAGGUGUUGGUAGAAUGUUUAUCCUGCAACCAAAAGUCAUAAUUCAUAAUCAGCUCCUUGAGAAACAAAAAAUAGCAGAAGAAAAGAUCAAGGAACUUGAGCAACGGAAGUCCUAUUUGGAACGUAGUGUGAAAGAUGCAGAAGACAACAUUAGAGAAAUGUUAAUGGCACGAAGAGGACAAUAACGGUUUUAGUAACUAGGAACCGGUUUUUAACCACUUUUAUAUCAGUGUUCAUUUUAGUUGGGUUUGAGGAGGCUGGUGCACAUAACCUAGAUCAUAGCUUUACCUGUAGGUCAAUGUCCCUUCUCCAGUGGCAUAAUUGUAGGCCCAUUUAUCAUUACGUCCUGUAAUCCUUCUAUAAGGAUCAAGUAGUGUAAAUGACAGGAGCUGUCUCAUGACCAAUAACCUGGAAUCCAACUGAAAUAAACAUUAAUAUAAGAGCAGUUGAAAUGUUACAUCUUAUCUGUACAAAUGAUUAUUUGCUUGUGGGAACAUUUUGGUCCAGUCAAUAUAGUGCGAUCCAGCAAUAUGUUUAUUGCUAAUUAUUAAUAUUUCCUCAAUGUCCUUGUCAAAACAGCAAAUCCUUACUUCUGUUUAUAUGGUAAAUGUAAGUAGCCCCAUUUUGCUAUAUCACAGUCAUUUUAACACUGAACCUAAAGUAGCUGCAUUGCUUAGAAGGCAUUUUUGUGUUUUCUGUGUAUUCUGAGAGGUGAAUUUAUCUUGAGAGGUGAACUGAUCUUGAGAGGUUUAUUAACACCAUUGUCCCUUAAUCUGGCAUCUGUUAUGUAAUGUAAAUGGAAUAUAAAAGGAAUAUAAAUAAGUGUUUGUGAAUGUCAGAUGUUUUGUUUUGAAAUUGUCUCAUUAUUUGUUCCACAUGAUGGGAAUAAUCUGGCAAAGCAAUAAUAAAAUCUUCAAUUGCACACUU